AUGAAUUAUCCAUUGACGUGGAUUAUUGCAUUUUUUCUUUUUGUUGUUUAUGGACAAAACUGUUAUUAUAACCAAAUUACAACAACAUGUACACACUCUUCAUAUUGUCGAUUGCUAAACAAUUUGUUAAUUGGACUAGAAAAUAACACAACAAAAUUUACGUUUACAAUGACCGAAAAUUCCAAUAUUAAUUGUUACAAUAUUGUACCAUAUAAUAAUAAUUAUCAAAUAAUAGCGCAUGGUUAUCCGAAAAUUGUGAUGGAACCAUAUUCCAGCUUUAUUGAUGUUAACGCAUUAAUUUUGACCGAAAAUAGUUUUCUUAAUAUGACAAACAGUUCUAUUUAUUUAAAAAAUAGCACUCACGUUUACUUAAAUGGAAGUGCUAGCGCAUUACUUAACGGAUGUUCUAACAUAACAACCAAUAGUUCCGAUUCAACAUCAACAAUAUUUUUAUCUGAAAAAUCUGUUAUUUAUUUUAAAAAUAAAUCUUCUUGUACAAAUUUUACUUCAAUAGAUAUGAAAAACUACACCACUCUACUGAUGGAAGAUAAUUCAAAUGUUGUGUUAUCGGGAAUGUUAUAUUUAAAGAAUUACUCAAAACUAACAAUGAAUGGAAAUUCAUACUUUCAAAUUAAUAGUGGAAUUACAGCAACUGGAAAUUCUUCUUUAACAUUUGAAAAUAAUUCGUUUCUUAACACUAGCCUACAAAGCAGUUUUUAUGACAAUGUCAAAAUUAUUUUAAAAGACAAUUCCAAUAUCCAAAUGGGUAGUGUUAGUAUUAAAACAGGAACUUUAAAUAUGUAUAAUAAUACAAGCAUAACAACAAGUGGUACUUCUAUAAUGAAUUGUUCCAUCUUAAAAUUGUAUGAUAAUAACACAUCUUUGUUUAUGACAGACAAUUCUAAAAUCAAUAUUUAUAUCUAUUGUUCUUUAAAUGGAAAUAUCAGUUUGACAAAUCAGGCAACAUUAACAGUGAAUAGAAACCUCUCUCUUGAAAACGAAGGAACAACUAUAAUGAAUGAUAACACAAAAAUCGAAGCUAACCAAUGUUCAUUAUCUUCCAAAAAUUUUGAAAUGAAUGGAAAUGCAACACUAUCUUGCCAGGACAAGUUAGAAAUAAACUCACUUUUUGUUCUGAAAGACAAUUCUAAUGGUUCAGUUAAAGGAGAUGUUAUAUUAUUUGAUAAUACUCAAAUAUAUAUAAUGGGACACUCGGCAAUAACAACAAAUGGAAACGUUGUGGUUAGUGGUCAGUCAUAUAUAUCUAAAACAUUAAAUAUGAACGAAAGAUCAAUUUUUAAAAUCAUUGGAACAUUUGUUACUGAUUACAACACGACUUUGAUAAUGCAAGGAAAUUCAAUGAUAAAUUCCACACAAAUUAUCACGUUUUAUGGUAAUUCAAGUGUAUUUCUUAAUGACAAUUGUACUUUAAAAACAUACGACUCAGUUUAUAUGAAUGGAAAUAGUUCUUUAGAAAUGAAUGGAACUGCAUUGCUUGAGACUCAAAAUGUUUUGUAUGUUACAGAUAACAGUACAUUAUUGAUGGAUCAAAACUCUAAAAUGUAUAUCGGUGGGUUUGUCAAAAUAUAUAAUGCGUUUGAAUAUCAACGGCCGACCGAUAUACGAAAGUAUUACAAAGGUGGUUUAAAAGUGUAUCAAGGCGCUUUUCUGACUGCUACAAAUGUGACUGUUAUAAAAGGAAACUUAUAUAUAUGUGGUAUCUCUAAUUACAAAGAAGAUAUCCCAAAAAUAGAAGUAGACAAUUUUGGUUGUGAAAAUGGUUUUAUAUUUUUUGGGCAAGACUCAUUAAUAAUAACUCAUACAAACGUCAACUUGUCUUUAUGCACUUUAGACGUUUCUUUUCGAACAAUUGGUGAUAUCCCACUUUUCAUCACACACAACUUCGAUCAAAGAAAUUUUACUAUUACAGCGACUAAUGAUUUUGAUUUAAUUUAUACCGACAAUGUUUAUUCAGGAAGUAUAAAUGGCGCGUCCAAAUUAUUAUUAAAUGGCAAAUUGACUCGAAUAGGAAGUUCAGAGAAAAUAUUUUGCCAUUUGAAUAAAGUCGAUUUAUCAACAAAAAGAUGGAGUUAUACGGAACCAUACUGUCCUCUUGGAAAUGAUGUUGAUUGGUACAUCACACCGUUGUAUAAUGUGACUUCACUGUUGAUUGAAAACACGACAAAAAGUGACACAAUGGUAUUGAAAAGACACCAAAAACAAACUGAGUUGUAUUCAGAUGAAAGCGCCACAAUUUUUGAUACACAAAUUUCAUUUUAUAAAACAGACAAUUUUGUUGUUGGUAUUUUAGCAAACAAAGUCACUGAAAUAUCAACAAUGAAUUUAUCAAAAAAUGUUUUAUUUAUUUCAGAAACAAAUUUAUAUCAUGAGGGAAUCACAUUUCGUGCCGGUUUAAACAAAAAUUACACAUUAACACCGAUAUUAUAUCCAAUUUGUGAAUACCCAUUAAUGUACAAUAAAACCAAUCAUUCAUGUUACACUUCAGUAGAGUGUAGUGAUACAAAUUGUAAGUAUUGUCCAUCAGAUACACGGUCUUGUGUUCAAUGUCAUUCUUCGUAUUCUUUAGAAAGCGGAAAGUGUGUUAAUAUAACAAAUUGUUUAUAUACAAAAGCAAAUCGGUGUCUGUUUUGUUCCAAGGGAUAUCAUUUACAAACAAAUGGUACGUGUAGUCUGAUAAACAACUGUGCUAUAAUUGAGUUUGAUGGAAAAUGCCAAUUGUGUAAUUACAACAAACAGUUGAUUAAUAUAAAUGGGGAUUGUAUUGAAAAAGAUUCCAACAUAUUAAAUUCAAGCGAACACACUAUUGUUUCGUGUAACAAAGGGUUUUACAUCAAUUCAAUGACGUGUAAAAAUUGUACAGACACAUACUCCAACUCCCUAUGGUGUGAAAAUGGAAGAACGACGAAGUGUCAAUCAACAAGUGAAAUGACACCAAAUGGAAAAUGUGAUAUUAAAAUAUGUGACAACAAGAAUGAGUCCAAUGUGAGAUGUUCAGUUGACAUACCAGACUGUCUGUAUACCACAAACAACAAGUGUAUUGAAUGCAAACAAAAUUAUUAUAUUUAUAAUAAUACGUGUCAAUUGUUGAAUGACUCACAUUGCUUGUUGUCAAACACAUUUGGAUGUACAUCUUGUGAAGACAAUUUUUAUCUCACUGACACUCAAAGUUGUGAACGUUGUGAUGAUAAUUGUUUGACUUGUAUUUCUAAUUCGAGAAAGUGUCUAAGUUGUGCAAAUGAUUAUUUUUUAGCUAAUUACAAAUGUGAAACAAAUGAUAACUUAAAAUUAAAAUGCGACUCAUUUUCAAAAAGCGGAGGGUGUGUUAUUUGUAAAAGGGGGUAUUACAGAGUUGUUCUUGACUGUUACGACUGUGAUGUUAAAUGUGAAACGUGUAAUAACAAUAUCACAUGUCUUUCUUGUAACACAACAAAUUAUAGAACUAAAAGUGGAGAUUGCCUUCCACAAUCGUCUAUAGUUGGAUGUGAUAAUGUAACAUCAAGCGGCUGUUCAAAAUGCUCAGAACACUAUUUUGAAAUCAAUGGAAACGAAUGUGACAAGUGUGAUGAGAAUUGUAAAGCGUGUGUUUCACAAACAACAUGUGUGACUUGUUCUUCUGAUAUGGUUUUAUCGUCAUAUGGUGAAUGUCUGAAUAUAUCUUCCAUUUCAAAAUGUCUUGAAAUUACAAAUUCACAAUGCACAAAAUGUGAAUUUUGGAAUUCACCUAAUUUUGAAAAGAAAUAUUGUGAAACAAAAGUGGUGUGGUGGGUCAUAUUGAUAUCAGUGCUAGUUAUUAUAGUCUUUCUCUUUUUCACAUUUGUUGCAAUAUUUUUGAUAACAAGAACAAUUUUGGCACAUUUUCAUCAAAAAGAAGUUGAAAAGACGACAACUAUAUUUGCAAUGAAAUUAUCAAAUGUUAAUUUCAUAUUACUUCGUGGGGGAAUAAGCGUUCAGAGUAAACAAAUCGAUUUUAAUUCAGACAUCGAAGAAAUGCCAGUUAAUGAAGAAACCAAACAGACUUUUUGUGUUGGAAAUUCAUCGAAAAAUGUUGUUAAAAUUCAAUUCACAAUUUCUUCAAAAAUCAACAAAUUAACAAUCAGAUUUGACCCAGAAAUUGUGGUGUUGAAAAGUGGGUUUGCUUGCGAAUUUUCAUUAUAUUUAACACCACAAUGUACUUGUCAUAUCACUGAUACUAUUCAAAUUGUUUCUAAAAAUAUUAAAACUAUAUUUUAA